AUGGCUACUCUUACAGGUGUCGAUGAACGCAUUGCGCGGGUGGAGCAGAUACUGCAAGAACAGUCACGUAGACUGCAGAUGAACCAGUACUCGCAAGUCAAGUUUGCAUAUGGAACCCGAGCAGGCAGCCGUGGCCAGAAGAGCUCGUCAUCGCCGGCAAUACUGGGCAACUUUCUCGGCCGCCUAUUUGUUGGCUUUGCGGGGCUACCGGUUCUGAAUCAGAAGUGUGACACUCAUGCUUGCAAGGGCGCGCAGUCGAGCAAAGUGAGUAUGAGUAUGGAAUACUGGUUUCCCGCUAGCUUCUGGUCCAGUAUCGUGCGAGUGGACAUAUCUUACCACCACGAUUUGGGGCCGUCUUUACAGCUUCGUACGUUGAGAAGAGUUCCGGACACUGCCCAGUGCGUAAACUAUGCCUUGGGUGGCAACAUUGAUGGAUUAAAGUUUCUGCUCACGCAGGGACUGGCAUCUCCUCGAGACACAAGUCCCACGCGUGGCUAUUCUCUCCUACAAUGGACUCUGUACGGCACACAGUAUGAGACGUGUAGAUUCUUGAUACAGGCCGGAUCUGAUGCCGAUUACAAGCCACUUGCUGCAUUCUAUAAUAGCCCGCGUAUCAAGGCAUGCCAUUUCUUGCUAGAAGGCAACUUGUCGGAGCCUGCCAAAGACGCUCUCCGUACUAUUACCAAAGGCGGCGAGUACCUGGAUGAUUUCAUUGACGAGUCUCAGUUUACUCAAACACAUCGAAUCGUUCUCGGUCUUUCAAGCAGAGACUUGGAGCAAGAACUACUAGCACAUCCCCAUCAGGUCAAUGCACAAGAUACAACGGGUCGUACAGCUGUGGCAUGGGCAGCUGCCAGAGGGGAUAGUCGUGCCAUCGUAACUCUACUCAGACAUGGCGCUGAUCCGAACAUUAUCGACUCGCAACUAUCUGUACUCUUGGAUUUCGGGGCCGAGGUUGACCAAGCUGGAGUGGAUGGCAAGACGGCUCUCUUCCAUGCCGCGCAAAAUAAUGACGCUGCUCUUGCAAUGCUUCUUCUAGAGUAUGGCGCGGAAGUUAACACGGCCACAAUCACAGGGGAUACGCCGUUGACUACUGCAAUCACGCACAACAGCCACCACGUACUGAGGCUUUUUCUUGAGCGUUGGCUGGACUAUUCCGUAUGCCCGCGCUUGACAGGACCACAUCUUCUCAGCAUUACAGCUCGGUAUGCUGACCUUCAAACCAUUGAUAUUUUAGCAGGCACGGACCAUUUUCGUCUCGAAUACGACGAAAGAUAUCUAACGGGGGACUUUUCCAAAGUCAUCCGCGAGCGCCCGGAUGCAACGGGAAAACUUGCCUCCGCGUUUGAGGAAUUGCUGAGCAUCUUCAAACAUGCUGCGCAUUUGGCGCAGGAUGCAGAGAGUCUCUUGGAAGCGGGACAUGGGUUCUGCCUUUCGUCCCGUUCAAAGGACGAGAGCCAGGAGGUGGUAAACAAACGAAGGGAGAACGUAGCAGCCAUGUCUAGAACAAUAUGUUUUUACUUUUUGAAAGCAUUUAUUCUCGUCCCAGAGACACGGGAAUUUCGUGACGGAUAUCAUUUUGCAGCAACUGCUCAACCUCACAAAGAGGAGAGCCUCGCUGGUUACAAUGGGCAUGAGAAGCGCCUUUUCGGAUGCGAAAGCUUCCACUCCAACUCAAACCUGUUAGCCGAAUAG